GGGGCGCACGCGCCGUAUUGUACUACCGAAAUGAAAAUUGAUACAGAACGAGUAAUCAUUGAAGUUCAUCUGCGGCCCGUUUUGUGGGAUAAACGCAAUGAAUUAUACAAAAACAGGGACGCGAGGGAGGCUGCAUGGAGAGAUAUUUUGAAGGAAUUGGCACCUAACUACGAAAAUUUGAGCGAAGAGGAAAGAAAAGUGGCGGACAAGAAAAUACAACAACGCUGGCGAACAGCAAGGGACACUUACCAUAAAGACAAGAUAUCUGAAAAAAAUCAGCCAUCCGGCUCUGGGAGUAAGAAGAAGAAGAAAUAUUCUUACUAUGACAUUUUGACUUUCUUAGACAGUACAACGGAAACUGCUGGAGAAGAGUCACUCUGUGAAGAAAUGUCUGAACAAAGUAAUUUAGAAACACCUAAUGAGUCCACGCAACCAGGUACUUCACGUCAAGAAAGUUCUCAACUAACAUCACAACGUAAUUUAGAAACACGUAAUGAGUCCACGCAACCAGAUACUUCACGUCAAGAAAGUUCUCAACUAACAUCACAACGUAAUUUAGAAACACGUAAUGAGUCCACGCAACCAGAUACUUCACGUCAAGAAAGUUCUCAACUAACAUCACAACGUAAUUUAGAAACACGUAAUGAGUCCACGCAACCAGAUACUUCACGUCAAGAAAGUUCUCAACUAACAUCACAACGUAAUUUAGAAACACGUAAUGAGUCCACGCAACCAGAUACUUCACGUCAAGAAAGUUCUCACCCAACAUCAAAACAAAAACAAGUAAAAUCUAAAAAGCAAGCACCAUCUGAAUUUGAGGCACAGUUAUUAGAAUGCUUAAAGUCUAAUCAACUGGAGCUAGAAACAACAACAUCGUCUACAGGCGAAAGAAAUGUCAACGCUCAGGAUACAAAUUUACAAAGAAAUGAAUGA